AUGCCCAGGAAUAAGAAGAAAUGUGGGAGGCCAUCCAAAUCUGAGAACUCUGAGGAGAUAGAAUAUUAGGAUGAGGGAUACAUUGCUACCAAUUAAUUUGCCUUGGAACUUCUAUAAUUGAUCACAGAAAUGGCUAAUUAUAAAUUACUAACAAUAACAGGGCCAGCUCCAGGUAAAAAGGAUGAGGAGAAGAAAAAAUAUAAGAAAAAGUGUCUAAAGAGUAGAAAGGAGAUUGAAAAAGAAUAAAAAUGGUUAAGAAGUAAGUUAAAUAUCAAGGAGGACUAGGUGUUCUUCUUGAGGAAUCAAGAUGAUAAUCCCAGGAAAUAUCGAUUAGUAGAUGGCAAGUUGGUGGAGUGUGGAGGUGAAUCAUCUAAUAAUAUAUUUUAAUUCCAAAAUGAGAAUUAUGAAGUCAACGAUUUUAUGAGGAACAUCCUAAGAGUUUGUAAUGAGUUAAAUACGGAGAAUUAAAAGUUUAUAAAACAACUAGUGAUGAUAUUCUUUCGAUCUAACAAAUCAAUCAAUGAGUUUUAAGAACAAUUUUUUUUAUCUUUUAAUUCAUAAUCUGAGUAAGAAUAUAAAGAACUAAGAUAAUGGGAUGAAUUAUUUGAAAUCUCAUUCGACGAAAAGUUAUCAUUGAUGUAAAGUGAGAUUGAUUAAUUCAAAGAGAAAUAUUCUCUGAAUUUGAAUCUUGAGCAAAGUCAAUUGAAAGUUGAAUAAAAAAGAAUGGAUGUCUUAAAAAACCAACAGUUGAACCUUGAGGUAUUUAAAAGUAUAGAAGGACCCAAUCGACCCUUAAAACUAUUCACAAGGAGGAUACAUAGUUUAUUCUAUAAACAUUUUGAUGUAGAAGAAUGAUAUAAGUUUAAUUUUAUCACUAUUAAUUUAUCUC